AUGAGCUCUUUAUACGUUUCAAAUCUUCCGCAGGCUUUUGACGAAAAUGAGUUUAGGAAAUUAUUCCAACCUUUUGGAGAAAUUGAACGAGUUGAUAUUCCAGAUCGGCAUGGCGCUGCAAACUUAAUUGCGUACGUCCAUUUUCAAGACCCAAACGCAUCUUCAUCAGCUGUUGCAUCAUUAAACGAUGUUACAUUUAUGGGUAAGAAACUUAAAAUUGAAAUCUCAACAAAACAAAAGAGAACUCAUCAACCAAUCCAAAGAAGUAUGAAUGGUGCACCAGAACCACCACAAUAUAAUGUUCCUCGUCCAAGACCACCAAAUACUCAUCACAAGAGUAAUUUAUUCCCAUUCCAAGAUCCAGAAAAAUUUUAUUCGUUACCUUGCCGUAUGCUUCCUGUUCACAACGCUCAAAUUGAACCCAAUUCACCUAAUAUGCCAUUAAAUCUUACAAUUCCUUCUUUCGAAAGAGAGGGACAAACAUAUUCAUUAUCAACAACAAUUCUUGUUAAUAAGCAGCCAACAGAUGCAUUAGUAUUCUUCUUACCCCUUCCUAAGAAGAACGAAGUCAAUGAAUUUGCUCAAAACUAUAAUAAUCCCACUUCAUAUCCUCCCCCAGCAGGAAGUUACCCACCACACGCUCCAAUUCAAGGUGGACAAUAUAAUACACUAUACCAGCCACCAUAUCCUAAUCAAAUGCAAUCAAUUCCACCUCAAUCAUAUAAUCAUCCUCCUUAUGACAAUUCUUAUAACCCUGGUCAUUCAGUACAUGUUCAACCACCUCCACCAGGUCCAUCAAAUAGUACUAGUGAUGCUCCAACUCAGUCCGCUGAAGAGAAUUCACCAGCAUAUAACGAAAAGCCUCAAUACGCACCAGAUCCACAAGGAGCUGAUGAUAACUCAAGUCGUGAUGAUUCUGAUUCGCCUUCUUGGCUUGCUAAAUAA